AUGACCACGCGACUGGGCGACAAAUUACCGGUUUGCGGAGAUAAAUGCUGUCCGUUUGGCUAUGCUUGUAUUUCAGCUCAAAGUGGCUCUCCUAUCUGCAGUCUCAUCACUGAUACCAGCAAGACGGGGACGACGGAUAGUUCGUCAUCAGGUAGAUCUUCCACCACUACCACCGCUUCUGCAACAAAGUCCACGACGACCAGCACCUCAACCAGUACUCCUACAACGACCUCUGGAGUGAGCUCCUCUGCAGCUCACGUCGAACCCAAAUGCAAUAAAUUCCCCAUAGGGGUCUUCCUUGCCGGGUUCUUCCCAGGCAUGUUUAUUGGUGCCUUCUUGAUGCUAGCAUGGGUCAUCUGCAGUGGCCGACACCACAAGCCUCCGAGCCCGCGGCAUUCUUCCGGAUCGUCGUCUAUCUACAAACCGACGAUUUCGGACCCGAUUCCGCUAGGGUCAGCAGGGGGCAUGAGGACCGAUUUCCUACGUCGAACAACGGGGAGGGCCAAGUCGAUGUUUUCCACAAAGAGCCAGCAGAUCAGUCCCAAAUACACCGAGAGCCACUGGAAGAUGCCCACUCCGCCAGUGCCCAACAAUGUUCCUGCUGCGCCAGCCGGAGUUCCCGUGACGCCGGAGCGAAGACUUGCGCACGAGGCCAGCUCGGAGAGCAUACGGGUCUACUCGCCACCCAAUAAUAAUGGUACGGUCCAGCCACCCGUACCUGCGGCCAUUGCACCCUUACGGGGCAUGGCCGCUCAGAGAUUUCCAUUCACAAAGACAACCAACAUGGGCAGCCCGUUCAAGAGCCCUCCUAAUAGUGGCGACGCAGCUAGAAACGCUGCUAACCGGGACAACAACGUCCGGGGAAUGAGUGUCAUUUCGGGCAUUUCAGAACUUUCGACCCACAACGAUCGCGACCAUGAGAUCUUAAGUCCUGUGCGCUACGGUGGUGACGGGUUCAACUCAACGAAGCGGGUAAGGCCAGAUGGACACGAGCUUGUCAGCAGACCAACGACAACUUUUACAGAAAUGUUGCACGAGGCUGGGUUUCCCGACCCGGUUUAUGAUGAAGGUACGCCGGCUGUGCCGAAGAUACCUGACGGAUACAGUUCGAAGAAUAGGUUAAGGUUAUAG